AUGGGCCGCGAGGCUGUCGGCUUGCACGCGCGGGGCACGGUGCUCAAGAGCUACGCCUACGGCCUGCACGGCCCCGUCUGCAACAUCGUUCUCAACUCGCUCUGGUACGAAUCUACGUUUCCGGCCGCUUCCCCGAGUGAUGUUCUCGAGCCCAUGAUGCUGAGUUGCAAUGCCAUAUUCCGCAUGGCUCGCCGGUCGCUCGACGCUCUCGUCGCCUUCAUAAGGGCGUACGCCCCUGCCUUGUCCGCCCAAGAUGCGAUGUUUUAUCUGCAUCGAAGCCAUGGAAAUCUUCACCGUGCCGCUGUGCUAAUUGACACGGAAGGUGUUGACCACAAAAACGGCAUGGAGGACGCCUUGAGGGCUGCGAUUCUGGCGGCGCAUCUCCCUGGCGAUGUGGCUCGCCAGGCAAAUUUCUCGUUUGUUGUUAACUCUGCUCCUAUUGACGCUUUUCUUGCUCGUCAUGGAAUUUCAGGCCACUCGUUGGCUUUUGGAUUAUAUGACCUGAGCUCCCGAAACAAUGCAUCAGUUAUAGUGGAUGGAUUUGUCAAGUCGGUCAUGUCCAGAUUAGUUUGCACGGUAUCCUCGCCGCCAAGCUCGUCCAUUCUAAGGCAAGGAGCACAUAGAGCUUCAAGAAUCAAGAGACACUAUUUCAAGAGGGAUCAAGAGUUUUGCCUCAAUAUAGUGAACAUGGCACUUGACAAACUUGCGUUCCAGUUUGGGAAACGUUAUCGUAUCCAUCUACUAUGUGGCAAAAGUUUGGUUACUUUGCUUCCCAAUAGCUAUUAUCACGUCAACUUCAUGGCAUCUCUCGAGGAUGAGCCUACUCAGCCUAAGUUGUUCUUCGCUGAAGUUUGUGCUUCACAUAAAGAUGUGAAUCACGUGACCUUGUGUUGCCCCGUGACAUUGUCGGCAACAACUGGUGGAUGCUCUGCUUGUGAGUUUACAGGGAUGAAACUCAUCCACCCAAUUGAUGAGGAAUUUAAUGGACAGCAUGACUUCACUAAGGGUUUCGAUCCUCACAUGGUUGAGCGUUUCAGGAAAGACCCUAACUCAGAAUUUGGUGUUCCGCUGAUUGAAGAAUACAUCUUCUUUGAACCUGAUCAACACCCUGAGGUUAGAACUUUCUUGGAGACCACCUACGCUGAUAUGAGUGAUGAUCAAGUUGACCUGAGUCUUUUGUGGUUUGGAAAUUGUCUACCUUAGGUUCUGUUAGUGGUAUGUAUACAAUGUUUGUCUUUUGUAUGUAUUGUCCUUUUUUUACCCAAAUUGAUGUAUUUCUAAAGAUUUGCUACUUGGAUUUUUUUUUACUUCCCUUCUUUGUGUGCACCAACUUGG